AUGGAAAUGGGUGUUUGGAUUUUGUUCGUUCUAGCCCUUUUGAGCAAGUUGUCGCUUGCUCUUACUCCAGAUGGAGUGACAUUGUUGGAGUUGAAGAGCAGUUUGAAUGACAGUAAGAACUUGUUAAGUAACUGGAUAGAUUCUGAUGUAUCUCCUUGUCACUGGACUGGUAUUUCUUGCAGCCCCCAGGACCAAAGAGUUAUAUCUAUAAACUUGCCUUACAUGGAACUUGGAGGAAAUGUAUCCCCCAGCAUUGGUAAACUAAACAGAUUGCAAAGACUGGCACUUCACCAGAACAGUCUUCAUGGUAUGAUUCCAAAUGAAAUUGUCAGAUGUUCUGAAUUGAGAGCCCUGUACUUGAGGGCUAACUAUUUUCAAGGGGGCAUACCGUCGGAUAUUGGAAACCUUGCUCAAUUGACCAUAUUGGAUUUAUCAAGCAAUUCACUUAAGGGUGCCAUACCUUCUUCUCUUGGUCGUCUAAAACGUCUGCGAUAUUUAAAUUUGUCUACAAAUUUCCUGUCAGGUGAAAUUCCAGAUAUCGGAACUCUAAGCACAUUUGGUAGCAAGUCGUUUAUUGGUAAUUUGGAUCUUUGUGGCCAACAAGUGAACAAGCCAUGUCGAACUUCACUAGGAUUCCCUGCUGUGUUACCUCGUGCUGAAAGUGAUCGAGCUGCAGUUCCUACUAAGAGCUCCUCCCGCUAUAUCAAAGGAGCAGUAAUUGGUGCAAUGUCUACGUUGGGUUUUGCAUUAAUUUUGCUCCUUGGUUUUUUGUGGGUACGGUUGCUGACCAAGAAAGAAAGAGCAGCAAAGAGAUACACAGAAGUCAGGAAACAAGUUCACCAAGAACCAAGUGCCAAGCUCAUCACAUUUCAUGGAGAUCUUCCAUAUCCAUCUUGUGAACUUGUUGAAAAGAUUGAAUCUCUUAAUGAUGAAGAUGUAGUUGGGGCUGGAGGAUUUGGUACUGUAUAUAGAAUGGUUAUGAAUGAUUGUGGGACGUUUGCUGUUAAGAAGAUUGACCGGACUCGUGAAGGUUCUGAUGAAACCUUUGAGAGAGAGUUGGAGAUCUUGGGCAGCAUCAAGCACAUCAAUCUGGUCAAUCUUAGAGGAUAUUGCAGGCUUCCCAAGGCAAAGCUUCUUAUCUAUGAUUACUUAGCUAUGGGCAGCUUAGAUGAUUUAUUGCACGCACGUGUAGAUGACCGGAUCUUGAAUUGGAAUGCUCGUUUAAGAAUAGCCUUUGACUUUGGUCUUGCAAAACUAUUGGUUGAUGAGGAUGCUCAUGUUACAACUGUAGUUGCUGGCACAUUUGGCUAUUUGGCUCCAGAAUACUUGCAGAGUGGAAGAGCAACAGAAAAGUCAGAUGUCUAUAGCUUCGGGGUUCUACUGUUGGAACUUGUAACUGGAAAGAGGCCAACUGAUCCUUCUUUUGUAGAACGAGGAUUAAAUGUCGUUGGCUGGAUGAAUACGUUACUGAGGGAGAAUCGGAUGGAGGAUAUCAUGGACAAAAAAUGUCGGAAUGCUGAUGUGGAGACUGUAGAAGCAACCGUAGAAAUAGCAGCAAGAUGCACCGAUGCAAAUCCGGAUGAUCGUCCUACAAUGCAGCAGGUACUGCAGUUUUUGGAGCAGGAGGUCAUGUCACCUUGCCCUAGUGACUUCUAUGAGUCUCCUUCAGAUAAAUCUUGA